AUGGGUCAGGAACGCGAGCCCUGCGGAGGACUGCCCGAGCAGACGACGGCUACAGACAACCCUCAUUUUACCCUUUUCGGCGACUCGAUUAUGACCCCUGCCGCUAAAAUCGCCAAAGCUCGCGCUAUCGCCAGAUCGCCUCGGCUGCACACUCUCAACCCGAAUGAGGUCAAUGUGUUGAUCCAGAACCUGGGUGACAUUACCUCUGAACAAGCAAAAGAGAUCGGCCGGCGCUGGCACAGCGUGAAGAAAGAACCUUCCCCCGAGCGCAGAUGGGUCCCUGGCAGGGAAGACGAGGACCACUCCUGUCCAGAGAUGCUUCCAAAGGCCAGAGAUGGACCCGGAGCUGAGCCCAAUAGCAAAAUCUACCAGUAUCUCGCUCAACCACGACUGUCUCCAGAUGUGGAAAAUCCGGAGCCUUGGGCGGAUUUUGGAACACCAAGUGUACUCCCCGAUCACAUCUAUGGAGAUGAAGGUUUCCCAAACCCCAAUUGGUCAAAGCACAAGAUUGACAACGAGAAAUUCAGGUCGCAGUGGAAAGUCCGGAAUGAGGCCCAUGUGAAGGCCUACGAGGAUUCCCAGCCCAUGUUCCCAAUUGUCAUAAACGGCCAGCUGACAUUGACCACUGAGAUGCAAAAGAUCAUCUACACUCCGAAGCCAACCACCACGGAGGAUGCCAUGUUGCCGAUCGAGCCUGAAGACCGCUGGAACAACUGGCAUUACUCGUACAGGGUCUCGUCUAUCUCGCUUCCCAAUGAAGUGGUCAGGGAUCAGUUCUUCAGCUGGUUUAAUCAGCUUCCAGAUGACCCCCAAGUGGUGAACAUUUUCCGAGCUGCCUUUUUCAAUGGAACUGCCUUGUCCGACGGCAUCUCUGACAUGUUCCUGCCGGACUUGAAGCAUCUCCCUACGCCCCGAAAUAUGCAGGAGACGCUCACCCGUCUCCACUGGCACGAGACAUCGGAAGGGUACGUGUACAACUGGAGCCCUGCGAACCAGAAGCGUAUCAAGGCCGAAGAAGAGCGACAGAAGGAGUUGCGCCGCACCGCACCGCACCGUGCCUGGCUCAAUCUGCCACCAGGUUCCAAGAUCGUCCAUCCCAGCGUCUACCUGCGUCCAGCGGAGCUCUAUGAUGCCGAGCGAGUCCUGGAGAUUAUGCAGUGGUACACAGAUACCUCUUUCGCCAGUGGUGAUGUCAAGCCCAUGGACCGAGCAGGUUACGAGAAACUGCUUUCUUUCUGCCGUGAUGAAAAGCUCCCUUUCAUUGUUGCUGCCCAGCGUGGCGAGAUCCGAUACUUCGAUAACCACAUCGAUCCCGCCGUUGGAUUCGCCUACGUUGGCUACCACCGUGCCACCAACGACGCCGACGCCUCCAUUGGCGAGCUGCAAGUUUUCGUCCAGGAAAAGAUCAAGAGACACCACAUCGGACGGGCUCUUAUCCACAUGACUCUCUCUUGCUUCGAGACUGAUCUCACUGCUGGAAUUACCGGCGACUACCGCUUUGAUACAAAGGGCACAGUGCAGUACGGCCCCGGCACUUGCCGACCUCUCAGUACGCUGCUUUGCGCCGUUGCAGAUCGACCCGGACCACAGAAGGAGCACAAAUGGGUGAAGGAAUGGCUGAAGAGGGACUUUGGCUUCCAAGAGAAGUGUGUUUUCGAAGGUGCCAGAAUGAAGUUCGGCAAACCGUUUGACCUUUAUUACAUGGCUCGCCAAGUCUCUUCCCAGGAAAUAACCGCACUUGGUGGUGAAGUGGACGAGGCUAAUGCUUCCCCACAGUCAGCCAGUGUGGAUGUUGCUCCUCUGAUUGACUUAUUCGACUAA